ACCAUUUACGCUGCCGGCGCAUCGUCGCUGUACUUCUGCCUGAGCGAGGGCGGGAGAGUCUGUGGACGUCGGGAGGAAAAUGGCGUCAGUCUCGAUUGGGAGGUUGUAUCAGCACCGAUAUUAACUGAGAAUAAUGUGCAGACUGGGAUCUCAAAACAAGUUCAGACAAUCAGCAGAGACAUCAGGACCUGAAUGUCUUGGCAUUUCACUCUGGAAGGAAAAAGAAUCUUGAACGUUGAAGGGAAAAGCACCUUUCACCCCAGGGAGAAACACGUAUCAUCUGUGUGUGGAAGAGUCUGUGAAUAUUCACCUGUAAUGUCCAAACGCCAACGCAGUCGCGCUGGGGAGAGACGGUGGAAAUGUGGGGAUUGCGGGAAGGGAUUUCUUUACCCAUCCCAGCUAGAAACUCACCGACGCAGUCACACUGGUGAGAGACUGUGGAAAUGUGAAGAUUGUGGGAAGGGAUUUCUUUACCCAUCUGAACUGGAAACUCACCAACGCAGUCACACUGGGGAGAAGCCAUUUACCUGCUCUGAUUGUGGAAUGGGAUUUACGCAGUCAUCCCACCUGCGGAUACACCAGCGGGUCCACACUGGGGAGAGACCAUUCACCUGCUCAGUGUGUGAGAAAGCAUACGCUCAGUCAUCCGACCUGCGGAUACACCAGCGUAUUCAUACUGGGGAGAAGCCGUUCACAUGCUUUGACUGUGGGAAGGGAUUCACUUCAUCAUCCAGCCUGCUGAAACACCAGCGAAUUCAUACUGGGGAGAGACCAUUCACCUGUUCUGAAUGUGGAAAAGGAUUCCAUUACUCUUCUAAACUGCUGAUACACCAGCGAAUUCACACUGGGGAGAAACCGUUCACAUGUUCUGAAUGUGGAAAAGGCUUCAAUCGCUCAUGUAAUCUGCUGAUACACCAGCGAAUUCACAGUGGGGAGAGACCAUUCACCUGUUCUGAAUGUGGAAAAGCAUUCAAUUGCUCAUCGAGACUUCUAACACACCAACGAGUACAUACUGGAGAGAAGCCAUUCAUCUGCUCUGAUUGUGGGAAAACGUUCGGUCAGUCAACCAUCUUGCUGAGACAUCAGCGAGUUCACACCGGGGAAAAGCAUUCACUCGGUCAACUCACUGGCUGAUACACCAGCCUGUUCACUCUAUGGAGAGACGGUUCACUUGUUCUACAUGUGGGAAGGGAUUUUAAAAUGUUACCACACCAAUGAAAUGACACCAGGUGGAUCCCAUUCACCUGCUGUGUUCAUGUAAAAGACUUUGUGAAUUUGCUUGUGCACAAGCAAAUUCACAAAAGAACCACAGGUGAAAGGUUUUGCUUUUAUUCACACACCAAGGAAUAAACCUUGGUCAUUGGACCACUUGUAUUGAUAUUAUUAAAGGGGCUGAUCUUGAGGAUAAAACAA